AUGGCAAGUCUAAUCCAGCGGUACGCUGGGGCGCUUCUCGCGUUGCUCGCGAGUCUGAUUUUCUCACUCAUGAACGCCCAGGCUCAGACGUGUAUGCGACAUGGAGUCAGUCCGGGACAGGUGGCUUUCGGUCGAAUGCUUAUUACUGUGCCGUUGGUCACGGUAUACCUAAUGUACAUCUACCUUAAUUGGCCACCUUCCUACUUCAAACAGCUCGACCCGCGAAAGCACGCAGCUCAGGAUGGAGCUUCGAAUGCACUCGACUCAGCCGCUACUAUUAUCGACCGCAAUCCAGCCCUCGCCGCCUGCCUGAUUUGGCUGCGAUCGAUAUUGACCAGCAUCGGCCUAUGCUUCUCCUUUGCUUCCAUGCAGCUGACGUCUAGUCUCGCUGUCAUCCGGGUAGUGCAAUCACCUUUCAUAUUUGGUGCAGGCGUAUCGGAGGUGCCGGCUACUAGAGCCGCAGGAUUCCUCUUCUUGGUGCUGAUCCGAUUUUUGGGAUCCGGGCCCGAUCCCCUCAUCAUGACGCUUGCCUAUUCUAUUGCUUGUCUCUUUGUGAGCCCGUGGUUCAUAUUUCUCGGUGGCGAGACCAGGGGAGCCGUCGAUGGGCGGAAAAUCUACAUCGACCUCCUUGUUCUGGCCGCGCCGGGGCUGUUCGCUCAAAUGUAUAUGGUGACCGCCAUGCAGAAGGAGACAGGCGAGACGGUUUCGGUCGCCCUUUAUGCUCAGAUCCCAUUCACAGUCCUUGUCCAAUCCUUGCUCGUUGGUGAAGGACCUGGUAUGCUCCAGGUACUAGGGAUGGCGAUCAUCGUCAGCUUCGGUGUGUGGGCAAUCCAGCUCCAUCUUGUGCUGUCUCUGAGCGAGCCUAGAUUGCGGAAUCGGACGAGCGAGAGCUGGCAAAACAAGGUCUUAUGUCGUCAGGCUGCGCAAGAGGACGUAUACAUGCCUCUACCGAGCCUGGACGCCGAGGAACAGGUCAUACGCCCGGCGCAAUAG